AUGGAUAGGGGAUGGAAGCCAAUGGUGGAAAUAUCACCCAAUUGUCCAAGAUGUGGCUCUUCCAACACUAAGUUUUGUUAUUACAACAAUUACAGCCUCACCCAACCUCGCUACUUCUGCAAAGGCUGUCGUCGCUACUGGACCAAAGGCGGUUCCCUCCGUAACGUCCCCAUCGGUGGUGGCUGUCGGAGGCACCGACGACCAGCCAAGCCCUUAACACUAUCUCCAUCUCCCUCAAACCCUAAAUUUCACCACACCAAUGGUACCAGCUCCCUCCACCACAAUCACCGUCUCCCCGAUCCAGACGUGUCUCCCGUCAUCGAUUUGGCGGUCGUCUACGCCAAUUUUGUGAACCAGAAGCUGACAACACCCGGGACUAUCCCGGCGGAUAGUACCACGUCGAAUGCAGCCGGUGAGAGUGGCAAUUUGUGUGAGUUUUCCAUGCAGGAAUGUGGGUUGGGAGGCAAUGAGUAUCAAGUGCCCGGUUGCUUUGGGUUAGAGGAGAAUAGUGAGAAUCAAGUGGAUAACAUUGAAUUGGCGGCGCGUGAGCUUCAAUUGCCGCCGUUACCGGGGGAGGAGAUGGUGGGAAGUUGGGCAAACCCUAUGAUAAUGAAUCAUCAUCAUUUGCAACCAACACGAGUGGAAGUGUUUGGAAUGGAAACUCAAGAUCCAACUUUGCUUGGUGGUAAUUGGAGCCCUAUUGAUUUAUCAAAUUAUGAAACAUUCUCAAGGGCUUAA